AUGAUUAAGAAAAUGUCGCCAUCCGAGAACGAGUUCGACAUACCGGCCAAGAACUGCCACAGGAUGGUGAUCCUGGGCUCCACCAAAGUUGGGAAGACAUCCAUCAUCUCUCGGUUUCUGAACGAGAGGUUUGACGACCAGUACACGCCCACUAUUGAGGACUUUCACAGGAAAUUCUACAGCAUCAAGGGAGAAGUUUAUCAGCUGGACAUUUUGGACACAUCUGGAAACCAUCCCUUCCCUGCAAUGAGGAGGCUUUCAAUCCUUACCGGUGAUGUGUUCAUCUUGGUAUUCAGCCUGGACAACAGAGACUCCUUCCAGGAGGUGCAGCGCCUGAAGCGUCAGAUUUAUGAGACCAAGUCCUGCCUGCGAAACAAGACCAAGGAGAACGUGGACGUCCCGCUGGUCAUCUGCGGCAACAAGUGUGACAAGGACUUUUAUCGUGAGGUGCAGGAGGACGAGAUCGAGCAGCUGGUCGGUGCAGACGAGCACUGCGCCUACUUCGAAAUCUCGGCAAAGAAGAACACCAACGUGGACCAAAUGUUUCAGACUCUCUUUACCAUGGCCAAGCUGCCGAACGAAAUGAGCCCCGAUCGGCACUGCAAAGUGUCCCUGCAGUACUGCGAGGUCCUUCACAGAAAGUCCUUCAGGAACAGGAAGUGCAAAGACGGGAACGCGUAUGGGAUUGUGGCGCCGUUUGCGCGGAGGCCCAGCGUGCACAGUGACUUGAUGUACAUAAAGGAGAAAGCCGUGGGAGGCAGCCAGACCAAAGAGAAGGGCUGCAUCAUAUGUUGACACUCUUUGCCCGCGCGCAUGGGACUUUCUGCGAGACUCUCCGAAGCUGAGGAAGAGGAGGCCAGCCGCUCUGCGCACAGAGCCCAAACACUGUAGACUCUGAGGCGACAGUGACACUUUGUGACCCACACUGCACUGACACAUGGAGCAAGUGGCAGCUCACAGGCCUUUCGGUGCCCUUGUAGUGAUGCAGUAGAUGCUCUGAAAAUGCUGUAAAAUCUGCCUCUACAUUAGUUGAGAAAAAAAAUGUUUACAUUUAGGUUUUUUUUUUAAAACUUGGUGGAUCUUGAAUGGUUGUUGCAUCAUGA